GCCACCAUAUCAUCCUCUUGCUGAUUCUCAGCCUUAACUCUGGCCCACAGCACUGGAACUAAGCAUGAAUUGCAACCUCUUGAAACUGGACACAAGAGAUGGUUUUAGAAGAAAAAGUUUCUACUCUUCCCAUUAUUCGAGGGACCGUUCUCCCCAUAAAAGGGAGCCUCCAUUUUUCAGAGAGUCACCUGGAGGUCGAAAGGACUCUCCACACAGCAGAUCUGGCUCCAGUGUCAGCAGCAGAGGCUACUCUCCAGAACGGAGCAAGCCGUAUUCAUUCCACCAGUCUCAGCAUAGAAGUAAAGAGAGAUCUGCUCAGUCCUUGAAAACAUCACGAGACACUUCACCUUCAAGCUCUUCAGCAGUUCCUUCAUCAAAGGUGUUAGACAAACCCACUAGGUUAACCGAAAAGGAACUGGCUGAGGCUGCAAGCAAGUGGGCUGCGGAAAAGUUAGAGAAGUCGGAUGAGAGUAACUUGCCUGAAAUUUCUGAGUUUGAGACGGUACCUGCUGCAGCAUUAUUCAUUGACCAGCCAGAGGAACCUGAGUCGAACACAACCAAUGGGAUAGAAUUAUUUGAAGACAGUCAGCUAGACAGACACUCUAAAGCAAUAGCAUCAAAAACCAAAGAGAUUGAACAGUUUUACCGGCAAGACUGUGAAACCUUCGGGAUGGUGGUGAAAAUGCUGAUUGAAAAAGAUCCUUCAUUAGAACAGUCGAUACAGUUUGCACUGAGGCAGAAUUUACAUGAAAUAGGUGAGCGGUGUGUUGAAGAACUGAAGCAUUUUAUUGCAGAGUAUGAUAAUUCUGCUCAAGAUUUUGGAGAGUCUUUUUAGAAAAAUUAGUGUUCAGGCAAAAU